CAUCUCGCGCGGCGCACAAUCGGCCAGCGAGGCGGCCGCUCGACUCCUUAGUCCCGCCCCCGCGCUUUCCUUCUCCCCCUUCCUCCCCUUCUUCUUCCUCCCCAAGCCUGGACCUUCCAGAAACGCGCAGUUGAAGAACCAGCGCCUUCGCCCAGCGACGGGAGCCACAGCAUUCGGCCCGGAGCUCGGGAAGGAAGAUGUUCAUCCAGAAGGCAUGGAGGACGGCGGCGUUCGGGCUCUACGGCUUGACGCAGUUCACCAAAUCCGGCUUCGUCGAACAUGCAAAGAAAUUUAGAGAGGAAGAUAUGCUGAUCAGGCUGGAUGGGAAAAAUUGCCUUGUAACUGGGGCAAAUUCUGGCAUAGGUUUUGCAACAGCUGAGGGCUUGGCAUCACGUGGUGCUACUGUUUAUAUGCUUUGCCGUAACAAGGAAAGAGGGGAGACUGCUCUUAGUCAAAUACGAUCCAAGACAGGCAACAUGAAUGUUCAUCUGGAGAUUUGUGACCUUUCGUCUAUUAGUGAAGUCAAAUCAUUCGCAACAAAAUUCUCUUCAAAAGAUAAACCACUUCAUGUCCUGGUUAACAAUGCUGGCUUACUAGAGCACAAGCGUGUGACGACACCAGAAGGGUUGGAGCUUAAUUUCGCGGUGAAUGUAGCAGCAACAUACACUUUAACAGAGUUAGUAAUGCCACUGUUGGAGAAAGCAGCACCUCAUGCUCGUGUCAUUACGGUUUCUUCAGGAGGAAUGUACACUGAGCCAUUGGACAAAGAUUUGCAGUUCAGUGAAAGCAACUUCGAUGGGACACAGCAAUAUGCUCGUAAUAAAAGAGUUCAGGUUGCACUCACCGAAUGGUGGACUGAGAAAUACAGAAACAAGGGAAUAGGUUUCUAUUCGAUGCAUCCAGGAUGGGCUGACACACCUGGAGUCUCCAAGAGCUUGCCUGGACUUUCAGAGAAGUUAUCGGGAAACAUGAGAUCAAACGAAGAAGGUGCUGAUACAGUGGUCUGGUUGGCUUUGCAACCCACGGAGAAGCUAACCCCAGGGGCUUUCUACUUUGACCGGGCUGAAGCACCAAAGCAUCUGAAGUUUGCUGGGACUGCAGCUUCGCACGGGCAGAUAGGCUCGAUUGUUGAUAUUCUUGGCUCCAUUUCUGACCUUUAGGGCAAAAGGAUAGUAGCUCGAUUGUGGAUAUUCUUGGCCUUGGUUCCAUUUGUAGGAUGCAACAAAAUAAAAAAUGGAAAUUUGCACCAGCCGGGAAUCGAACCCGGGUCUGUACCGUGGCAGGGUACUAUUCUACCACUAGACCACUGGUGCAUUGAUGGUUAGGAAAGUUAGGUCAUUAAUACAGGUUCCUAUUGGACAGUGGAUAGCAGGAUUUUUAUUUUUUCAAUGUCAUGAGUGUAUUAUAACCAAGGUUAAUUUCCCACUAUCUACGGCUACAGAUGUUUGAGCAGGAUCUAGCUAUUUGUUUUCGUAUACAAUUUAUCUGCUAUAGCUUCAUUUAGUCC